AAAGUAAUUGCAAACCAACUUGGAAUUAUAAAAUAAAUCAUCAUAAAAACAAAAUCAAAAAUUGUUGCAUUCCGCCAAUUGACUGUAGGCAAGGGUUGCAACCCUUCGAACUGCAUCAUAUGACGAAAACUUUUGGGGCUUCUGCUAAACCGAAAAAUUGUCUUUGAAAGUAUUUCAAGAAAAUAUAACACGUUCAAUCGACUAUACUAAUGACAAGUCAAAUUGUGGAAAGUGAAGAUGAGUUCGAAGAGUUUUCCGAGAUGCAACAGCAGAACAAGCCCAGGGCGCAGCCAUCAGUGGACGAAGCUUUUGAUUUGGAUGAUUUGUUGCCAAUCAUUGGCGAAUUUGGAAAAUAUCAGAAGCUUCUCGUCUUCGGCAUUUGCCUGCCAGCUUGUAUACCAUGCGGAUUUUGUGCAUUCAAUCAGCUUUUCAUGGCCGACACACCAGAUGAUUAUUGGUGUCGGGUGCCGGAGCUACUUCAAAUGGAUCUUGAACAGCGCAAAUAUUUGGCUAUACCCAAAGAAUUGGAAAACGAUAAGUUGGAAUAUAGCAAAUGCUAUACAUAUGGCGUCAACUGGACACAAUUGCUUGACUCCAUUGAAUACAGUGAUGAAAGUUCUUUAAUACUUGAGCCUAAUAGCAGCUGGCCAUUGGUUAAGUGCAGUCAAGGGUGGGAGUACAACACGACCAAUGUCUGGUCCUCGAUUGUGAUCGAUUUCGAUUUGGUAUGCGAUCGAGACAUAUAUCCCACCAUUGGACUGGCGGCUCUCAACAGUGGCGGUCCGGUGGGUGUAUAUCUUUUUGGGUUGCUUAAUGAUCGAGCAGGCCGGCGACUCUCCUACUUCGCUUGUCUGGCCACUCUUCUGGCGGGCAGUUUGAUGACAUCGCUAAGCACGGAUUUUUGGACAUGGGCUGGAAGCCGAGUGAUCGUUGGACUGACUAUACCUGCUGUAUAUCAGAUACCCUUUAUCAUAUCUCUGGAACUAGUGGGCGAGAAGUACCGUUCUUUUGUGACCGUAAUGACCUGCACAUUUUAUACAUCAGGUAUAAUGCUACUCUCGUUGGUUACCUAUCUGGAGCGGGACUGGGUGCGCCUCUCAUACUACACUUCUUUACCCUUUUACUUCUACUUCCUAUACAUAUUCAUCAUGCCUGAAUCUCCGCGUUGGCUUCUCAUGCGUGGCCGUCUGGAGGAGGCGCUUCGAAUACUGGAGCGCAUGGCACGCGUUAAUGGAAAACAAUUCCCUGAGGUAGUGCACAGUAAAUUAGAGGCGCAAAUUCAGCGAGAUAAACUUCGAAAUCAGAAGAAGAAGGUGGCUAACGUAGGCCUUCUGGAUCUAUGCCGCACGCCCAACAUGCGUCUAAAGACAAUCUUGAUUACACUUAGUUGGUUUGCAAACGAGACUGUCUACUUGGGACUCAGCUACUAUGGACCUUCGCUUGGCACCAAUCAGUAUGUUAGCUUCUUUUUGUCUGCGGUGGUCGAGAUACCGAGUUACUUGUGCUGCUGGUACUUUAUGGACACUUGGGGUCGACGUUGGCCUCUCAGCUUAUCAAUGAUAUUGGGCGGAGUGGCUUGUGUUAUAACAGUUAUGCUACCGGAUGAUGCCAUAGAUGAGACUUUAAUACUAUUUUUAAUAUCAAAGGCUCUGCUUUCGGCGUCGUUUUUGAUCAUUUAUCCGUUUGCCGGCGAGCUAUAUCCGACGCAGGUGCGCGGCAUUGGCAUUGGAGCAUCCAGCUAUAUCGGAGGCUUGGGUCUUAUCGUGAUACCCUUUGUUACGUACUUGGGCAAAGAAAAUUUAAAACUGCCAUUGGUUAUAAUGGGAUUUGUCUCGAUGCUGGGUGGCUUGACCGGCUUGCGUUUGCCGGAAACCUUGCAUUACCGUUUGCCGCAGACUAUCGAAGAGGGCGAAGAGUUUGGCAAGGAUUGGCAGCUCAAGGAUUGCUUCCAAUGCAAACCACAACCGGAUGUCCACUCACCACCGGCUUCCUAUGAAAACCUGGAUGUAUUGGGGGGCUCUUCAACCAACGCUUCUGAUGUGGAGCUAGAGCUUAAGGACAGUCGUCGCCAAGGCCAGCUGCCUCGUAUUAAUGAGCGAACACCACUCGAUAUUAGCGAUUCGAACAGUGGCAGCGCGGGCAGGCAGCAUCGGGCUUCAAUGAAGCGAUUGGUCCGCCAGAUGAGUGUCAUGGAUACCCAACGAAGUCACGACGGGACCAUGCAGCUUACACAUUGGAUUUGAGUGCUUAAACAGUAUAUAAAUAUAAAUAUAACAGUAUAUUAAUAUAUAUUUAUAUUAAUACGUCUAUUUUAACUACAAACAUAGCAGACUAGCACUUGAUUCUAACACAAUUAUUAUACUUUUAUUCUAUGAAGCAUAUUAAAAAAAUAGUUAAAAGCAAAUAGAUGUCGAAAAUAGGAUCUAAGAUUUAUGGCAUUAUGAAUGGACUACGUAUACUAUUUAACUUUCGUUAAAA